AUGGCGAUUUGUGGCUCCUCGUCAAAAGCUGGAUUCGGGCGUCGGCCAGUACAAAGAAAAGUCGUCGUGUGUGGAGAUGGUGCAUGCGGCAAAACCUCGCUACUGAAUGUGUUCACGCGGGGUUUCUUUACUCAGGUGUAUGAACCGACUGUAUUUGAAAAUUACGUUCACGACAUAUGGGUGGACGAUCAACUAGUUGAGCUCAGUCUAUGGGACACUGCCGGACAGGAGGAGUUCGAUAGAUUGCGAUCGUUGAGCUACGCCGAGACACAUGUGGUUAUGAUUUGUUUUUCUGUGGAUAAUCCCGUAUCACUAGAGAAUGUGGAGACGAAGUGGAUCGAAGAGAUAGUGGAACACUGUCCAGGUGUGAAGCUCAUACUGGUUGGUGAGUUUCUAGCAUUUGUCCGCAUGUCAUCCUGGGAAAUGCUCAAGCCACCUGCAGCACUGAAGUGCGACCUACGAGACGAUCGCAAUGUCGCGGAACGACUGGCUCGUCAUGGUCUCCAUUCUGUGCAAUACGAGGAAGGCCUUGCUGUCGCACGGCGGAUAAGGGCGUCACGAUACCUUGAAUGCAGCUCUAAACACAACCGCGGAGUCUCGGAGGUGUUCCAUGAAGCUGCCCGCUUGUCACUGAGUACACGACCCAAGGGUUCAGGGUGUACAAUUAUGUGA